CACGAACCAUUGCUAUGACUUCAAGUGGUCCUUCUGCCGCUUCUCAAAAAAAGCGAAAGUUGAGUGAUGCCGAAAGCUCAGACGAAGACAGCGAUGUUCAGCUUGACUUGAAUUUGCAAAACAAGCUUUACGUUCCUCGUCAUGCAAACUUGGAUCCGUCAAGCUUGAAUAGCACGCACCAUGGUAUCGGUAUUGAGGGCCAAAAGGACUUUGUAUCUCAUAUCUUUGGAAACGAGGAUUAUACUUGGCUACCUUUGAAAAAUGACCAUAAAUCUCGCCCACUUUGGAUAUCUCCAGAGAAUGGGCACAUCAUUCUCGAAGGCUUCUCUCCGAUUGCAGAGCAAGCCCAAGACUUUUUAGUUGCCAUCAGUGAACCCGUUAGCAGACCGGCUCAUAUUCAUGAGUACAAGUUGACACCAUACUCAUUGUAUGCCGCUGUUUCAGUUGGACUCGAAACCGAAGAUAUCAUCGAAGUGUUGAAUCGACUUUCAAAGGUUCCAGUCCCCGAAUCAAUCACAAAGUUCAUACGGCAGUGUACGCUUUCUUACGGAAAAGUGAAGCUUGUUUUGAAACACAAUCGAUACUAUGUCGAAUCGGCUCAUCCAGAGACGCUACAAAUGUUGUUGAAAGAUUCAGUAAUAGGUGCAGGACGCGUAUACAGAGAUGAGAACGAUCAAAUUACUACCGAGCAAAACUCUGCGCUUACGGUCAGCAGUAAACCUACCGGCAAAGAUUUGACGAUUCCCGGUAUACAAAAAGGAAAAGAUACCAAACCUGAUGGACUCAACGAAAAGCUUACGGCUGAGGAGCAAAAGAAGGAAGAUGAAAAGCUAUUCGGUGCUGUAGUUGCAAUUGAUAAAGAGGACGAAGACGAUGACGACGAAGCAGAACAGGUGCAUGCAUUCGAGAUUCAGGCAGACCAUGUCGAGAACAUAAAAAAGAGAUGUAACGAAAUCGAUUACCCAAUGCUAGAGGAAUAUGAUUUCAGAAACGACACUGUCAAUCCUAAUCUCGAAAUUGAUCUCAAACCAAUCACUGUUAUUCGACCAUACCAAGAAAAGAGUUUGUCCAAGAUGUUUGGUAACGGCCGUGCCCGUUCUGGAAUUAUUGUGCUGCCUUGCGGUGCUGGUAAGACACUGGUUGGCAUUACGGCCGCCUGUACCAUCAAGAAAAGCUGUCUUGUCCUCUGUACAUCUUCGGUGUCUGUCAUGCAAUGGAAACAGCAAUUUUUGCAAUGGAGUAAUAUCAAAGAAAACCAGAUUGCUGUUUUCACUUCGGAUCAAAAGGAACGCUUUUCAGGCGAUGCUGGCAUCGUCAUUUCGACUUAUUCCAUGGUAGCUAACAAGCGGAAGAGAUCAUACGACGCGCAAAAGAUGAUGGACUUUUUGGAAUCAAGAGAGUGGGGCUUCCUUCUUUUAGACGAAGUCCAUGUCGUUCCAGCGAAUAUGUUUAGAACGGUAGUGACUACAAUUGCUGCGCAUGCAAAGCUUGGUUUGACUGCUACACUUGUCAGAGAGGAUGAGAAGAUUGAUGAUCUGAACUUUUUGAUUGGCCCCAAGUUGUACGAGGCAAACUGGAUGGACCUUGCUAGUAAAGGACAUAUUGCAAAUGUGCAGUGUGCUGAGGUUUGGUGUCCAAUGACUCCAGAGUUCUAUGCUGAAUAUUUGCUCGAGAAUACCCGCAAAAGAACAUUGCUCUAUGUCAUGAACCCCAGAAAGUUCCAGGCGUGUCAAUAUUUGAUCCGAUAUCACGAGGAAAGAGGCGACAAGAUCAUUGUCUUUUCAGAUAAUGUUCAUGCUCUUGUAGAAUAUGCCAAAAAGCUGCAGAAACCUUACAUUUAUGGUGGUACAGGCCAACAGGAGCGAAUGCGCAUUCUUCAAAAUUUCCAGUAUAACCCUAUUGUCAAUACCAUUUUUUUGUCUAAGGUUGGAGAUACUUCCAUUGAUCUGCCUGAAGCCACGUGCUUGAUCCAAAUUUCGUCUCAUUAUGGCUCUCGAAGACAAGAAGCCCAGCGAUUAGGACGCAUCCUUCGCGCGAAGAGAAGGAACGACGAAGGCUUUAAUGCGUUCUUUUAUUCACUUGUCUCAAAAGAUACGCAAGAAAUGUAUUACUCAACUAAACGACAACAGUUCUUGAUCGAUCAAGGCUACGCAUUCAAAGUUAUUACCAACUUGGAAGGCAUCGACAGUGACCCGACCCUUGUGUUUAAAACUAAGAAUGAGCAGUUGGAUCUUUUGAAAAGCGUACUGCUUACUAAUGAGGCGGACCUGAAAGAUGAGGAUCUUCAUGAAAUGGAUGACGUUGGCCGCAUCACCGACCGCAAAGUUGCAGCUAAGAAUCGUCUACCUGGAUUAGUCAGACGAACUAUGACUACUUCUAAAUCAUUGGCCGGUGGCGAUAACAUGGCAUACAUGGAGUAUUCUCGUAGCUCUGGUGGACAGUUUGCGAAGAAUCCUAGAGGUAACCCAGGUGCUAGUAAAGAGCAUCAUAGCUUAUUCAAGAAACAUUUGAAGCGGAAAUAGAAUCGUGCGUGAUUGGAAGGAUCGUGGUUUGGAAGAUUUAGAGUUUGUAAGCUUCCCGGCUUCUACCAGUUCCAAUUGUCUGCUUUGGGUUUAUCCAGCAUUUUCCCGCCCAUCUCCAUAGUCGAUGUUUAACCUAGCAUACUAACCAGAGAGCAUCUCAAUAUGUGAUAUGUCGUUCAUCAACAAUAAAAUUUACACCAUUGUAUAGAAAUGCAAUAUAAAA